AUGCGCGGAAGCACGUUCAAGUCUGGGAAGAUGUUCCGCGUGAACGUGCAGGAGUUCGUUCGUAAGAAGGACAUGGCCUCCCGCAUUAGUGUCCUCGUCCCACCUGACAAGCCGAGGCGAUGGGGUAAUUUCAAGGUUAACUACGCUCAACGGGUCCUCUUCAUUGGGACCUGUGAACGACUUAUGGACGACGGUCAGUUGGCCAUCGCUCUGGAGGCUGUCAACUUCCCUCCCAAGGAGCGUGCCAUGGGCGUUGCAGCUGCACACCCUGCAUCCUUGCCUGGUCCAUCUACUUCGCCGCCAUCAAAACGUCGUCGCAUGGAUGAGCUUGAUGAGCUUGAUGCAGUCGAUCCUCUGGAUUCCAUGACCCAGGCGACGAUGUCGACCCCGUCUCAGUCACCUGGUGCCGGCCCAUCAUUUCACUUCCGCAUCGGCCGCUUUGCGCAAGUCCGUCCUGCGCUGUUGCCCUCGGCACCCGCGGAACCAAUGCCGAUCCCCGCGGAUGCGACCGCGCUCGACAUGCUGCGCGAUGGCGACUUCGACUGGGACACGAAGCUGCGGGAGGUGUUCCUCACGAUGAGCCUGGGCAUACGGGCGAACUGCGUGCCGGUCAAGUUGGUCACCGAGGAGUAUAAGAAGAACUUUGAGUUCCCUCUGGUAAACUUUGCACUGAUGGCGAUCGAGCCAGUCGAUAUGUGCACAGCACAUGUCAUCACCCUUUCCCACUGA